UCUGAGUGAAACGGGAUGAUCUUCAGUUCGUGAACAUGCUGCUCCUGUGUGUCCUCUGAUCUUUUCACCCCUGAUGGCUUGACAGUGUCCCCUGGGAGGACUGCGUCUACGUCUGACCUGUGGUUCCAUCAGAAAAAGGAAGCAUGGACAUGGACCUGGAGGGGAUUAUCCAGUGCAUCAAACAGGGGGAUGAGAACGGUGUUCAGACACAGCUGCAGGAGUUCAACAAAGCGUUUGCCCAGUGCUUCUUUUUUGAUGCAGAGGAGAGGGAUCGAAGGAAACAAAGAAAGCUCGAAGAGUUCAAGAAGAAUAAAGUGAGGGACUACACUGACUCUGACUCAGACUGUGACGACUAUGACCAGGAGGAUCGAGGCCUCAUUCUCAGACAGAAUUUAGCCGUUGUCCUCUUGAGGUUCAUAAGAACAGAAGUUAAAUGUCGUCUGUUGAGAGUAUCUCUACGCACCCUGAGAAUCCUCUCCAGAGACAAAAAGGUCCUGGGCCCCUUCGUGACAGACAGCGCUCUCCUGACCUUGGCCAGACUAGCUGGGUUGACCACAUGCGAUGCAAGCGAUGAAGUCAGUGUCCCUGACUCUGAUUUCUAUGACAACAUUAUCGCUUCUCUUGCUGAGGCCAAAGUGUUGCAGUCUCACGCUGAAGAGGACGAAGGUGACAUGGAAACAAAAGACCAAAACGAAGAGUGCUAUGCCUUUGACGAGGACGCCAACAGUGACAUCAGCAAUGCCAACAGCGCAGAUCUGGACAGCAUCAGCUGGCAGGGGAGCCACAGGACCAGCAUCAACGAAACGCACAGAGGCAGCAUCCAUCAAAAGGUUCUGGAGCGAGGGAGGAGGGACCGCAGAGAGAGCAAGAUGGAGGUGGAGGAAGAGGAGGAGGAGGAAGGAAAUUCAGGAGAUGAGGCACAGAGGAAAGAGGCCAUGAAGGUUUUAUGUAAUGUGGUGUACAACAGCAUCUGGGCACAGGAGAGGUUCAGUGCUCUCAGGCUGACGUGUGGUCUCAUUGAGCGUCUCUCCUCCAGUGUUAGUUGCUCACCUCCCUCCAGUGUCCAGUUCUAUGAACUACGCCUCAUGUUCCUGAUUACUGCACUACGGCCAGAGCUAAGGACUCAGCUUCAACAGGAGGGAGGUGUGUCCCUUCUCAAUGCAGCUCUGGAGAACUGCCUGGAGGUUCAGUGGAAGGACCAGUAUGAGUGUGAGCUGAGCCCUGCAGUGCCACCCAUCUCACUGGAAGCCUCUCAGCGUAUCACAGAGAUCCUCAAAAUCCUCUUCAACAUCACCUGCAGCUCCCACAGGCAGGAGCCAAGUGAGGACGAUGCAGCUCUCUACCGACACCUAGUGGCGCUCCUGCGUGUCUGCCUGAUGAGGAAAUGUAUGCUUCCAAAGGACACUGAGGACCUGCAGGGUCACACGGUCCACCUGCUGUCAGCGCUGCCUCUCCAGUGUCUCGAUGUGCUGCUGGUGGGACCUGUGGAGCCAGGCUCAGAGCAGUGCAACGGUGUCAACAUGGACUGUGUCCACACCCUGCUGCUGUUCAUGGAGAGACGAUUGGAUUCGGGUGAUAAAAUCAAAGAGAGGCUGACGCCAGUCCUCAAUCUGCUGACUGAGAGCUGCAGGGCCCACAGAGAAACUCGUCAUUACAUCAGGAAACAUAUCCUGCCUCCCCUGAGAGACUUAACACACAGGCCAGAGGAAGGGUCCACUGUGAAGAGUCGUCUGAUCCGUCUCAUGACUCAUCUGGACACAGACGUUAAAUACUGCGCUGCAGACCUCAUCUUCGUCCUCUGCAAGGAAAAUGUGAGUCGUUUUGUCAAGUACACAGGCUACGGUAACGCCGCGGGCCUGCUGGCCACCAGAGGUCUGUUGGCUGGCCAGCGGUGCAGGACCUCUGGCACUGACGGCCAGUACUCCAGCGACUCCGAUUCUGACACUGAGGAGUACCGGCAAGUCAAAGAUCGUAUCAACCCGGUGACAGGGCGGGUGGAGACCGAGCAGCCAGACCCCAUGGAGGGCAUGACAGAGGAGGAGAAGGAGGAGGAGGCCAAGAGGCUGAUCAUGCUCUUCAGCAAGCUUGCCAGAGGUAACAUUAUCCAGCCGAUGGGAGUGGAUUCAGAGGGGAAGCUGGUCCCAAUGUCGGGACUGAGGGAGAAUUCCCUCACAGAACAGAGGGAGUCUGGGUCAGAGGAUGACGGAGAAGCAGAGGAAGGAGAGAAGAACUGAAACAUGUCAAAUUCAUUCAACUGAUCAGUUUCACUUUUGUAAAUACUCCAAUUCUAAAGUGCACAGUGCAUAGUUCUCCACCAGUCAGGCAUUCAGAGACUGAAUUACUUAAAGAAAGAAAUAUAAGGAGCUAAUUUUUACUUCUUCUUUGGAUUCAUACUAAUAAUUUAGAGCAGCCAUAAGGUCACACUUGUUUGAGUUAAGAUUAAAACUCUGAAUUGAUAGUGGAUAUUAAGAAGGAACUGAUUUCAUGGUAAUAACAUGAUAAUAUCCUCAAAAAUCUCAUUGUUUGUACUGAUAUUACGCAUAUUUCAAUGUAGAGUUUAAUUCUGUAGAGCUGCUUCAGAGUAAAGUCAGGAUAGGCUGAUAUCUGUUACACGUACUCAUUGGCUAGCCGUGACCUUUAAAAAAAAAAAAAUAAUAAUAAUAAGAUGAAAUAAACAUCUGCACAGCAUAUUUACUUUGUUGUAUACAGUGUGUGU